AUGGCAGUCCCAACUGCCCAAGAGCAGCAGUACUACGACCAGCUCUUCGACCUCGUCGACAAGGAUGGCAGCGGCAUUCUCCCCGGAUCUGAAGCGUUUCCGUUCUUGACCUCGUCUGGUCUGCCCCAACAGACUCUCGGUGAAGUCUGGGCUAUUGCCGACCCCGAUAACAAUGGCUUCUUGACCAAGGAUGGAUUGUACAAGGUUGCGCGUCUCGUGGGUUGGAUGCAGUCUGGCAAGCAAUCCCAGGUGGAGCCUUCCCUCGUCAACAAACCUGGGCCGUACCCCAAGUUCGCCGGUUACCCUCCUCCUCCAGUGGCACCGCAGCUUACUGGAACUGCUUCACCUACCCCUCCGGGAGGAGCGCACGGCCUUCCGCCCCUCACCCCGUCUGAUCGCGCCCAGUUUACGCGCAUCUUUGCUGGUACCGGACCGGUGAAUGGCCUUGUGGCCGGUGACAAGGCUAGAGAUGUCUUCCUGAAGAGCCAGCUCAGCUAUGACAAGCUCGGCCUCAUCUGGAAUCUCGCAGACACGCAGCAGCGUGGUGCUUUGGACCUGACCGACUUUGUUAUCGGCAUGUGGCUCAUUCGGAGUGCAAUGGCGAACCCAUCCGCUGUCCUUCCUCAAACUCUCCCACCUGGCGCCUACGAGACGGCCUCUGGAGGUCGAGCUCCUCCUCGACCUACGAGCCCUUUGUCUCACCAACACACGGGUGGAACCUCCAGUCCCAUCCAGAGGCAGCUCACGGGCACUCUUCAACCCCAAGUUACGGGCCAGAACUUUGGCGCACCUCUCGGAACCCCGCCACGAUCAAACACUUUAACCCCCUCUCGGCAGUCAACCGGGCCAGCUGCCUUCGGGUCAACCCCUGUCUCCAGUUCCGCAUCGGCCCUUCCGUGGGACGUUACGGCGGAAGCCAAAGCAACCUCGGAUCGCUUCUUCACGCAGCUGGACAGUCAGAACAGGGGUGUUAUUGAAGGAGACGUGGCCGUCCCGUUCAUGCUCCAGAGCCAGCUGGACGAAGGCACUCUUGCCAGCAUCUGGGACCUGUCCGACAUCCGGGAGGAAGGCAAGCUGGAUCGCGACGAGUUUGCUGUCGCCAUGUAUCUCAUCAACUCCAAGCUGACCGGCAAGGAGUUGCCGACGGCUCUGCCUCUUAGCCUGGUACCACCCUCCCUCCGAGCUCAGCAUGGCCGUGCAGCAGCGCAGGCGCCCCCCGCCGACAACACGAAGGACCUCUUCGAUCUCUUUGACGAGGCACCGGAAACCACAGACAAUGCUGCUCCGCCGGCGGCGGCGUUCCUGCCCCUGCCCCCUUCCCGGAGGGCUACCCAGGAGCCGUCGCGGCAGACGUCGCGUGCUGUCGUUAGCCCGUCGAAUCUCUCCGCACGCCCAGCCUUUGCCCUCCCUCUGGCCCAACCUGGCAAUGACUUGCUCGGCGACGAUGGUGUUGAGACUGCUGCAACUUCGGCGCUUGAUAAAUCUGCGGAACUGGGCAACAAGAAGAAUCAGCUGGACAAUACGGCACGAUCUGUGACAGCCCUCGAAAAGGACCAUGCGGAGCUGGAGAGCCAGACAGCUUCCAACGCGCAGGCCCUGGAGAAGCUGGAGAGCGAUCUGACAGCCGCUCGUGGCAAGCAUGACACGGAGACGAAAGCUGUGUCUGAUCUUCGCAUUCGUGUGGGCGAACAGGCUGCCAAGUUGAAGCAACUGCAAGCAGAUGUCAUCUCGGCCGAAAGCGACCUUACAGCAAUGCGCCUUGAGAAGGAUGAGCUCGAGCAGAGCCUUCUCCGCGACAAGGAGGAAGUGCGCAGCCUGCAAAAGCGUAUGAAGGAAGUCGAGGACGAGAAGACGGGCCUCAAACUUCUUCUCGACAAGACCAAGAAGGACGCUCGGCAGCAGAAGGGCAUGGUCACAAUCGCCAAAAAGCAGCUAUCCACUGCAGAGUCUUCGCGGGACUCUGUGCAGCAGGAUGUUCGACUUGCCGAGCACGAGUUGGAAGAGGCUACCGCUGCGCGUGCUGAAGGUGUGGCAUCGCCAUCCUCGGCUACUUCCGCCGCUGCCGUACCGUUACCGCACACACCUCAGACACUUAGCCCCGAGCCAACUGGUGUCUCUCAGCGGUCCAACAACCCAUUCGACCGUUUCAGUCGCUCGUCCUUGUCCCGAGCCACCCAGAGCCCUGAACUUGCGCCGACAACUGCCGCGGCGUUCGCGGGCGUUGGGGCUGGUAUCGUUGGUGGCUCAGCUGUCGCUGCUGCUGCUGCUCUCUCUGGCACAGCGCAUUCCGAUGCUCACCCCGCCCAUGAAGAGGCAUCGGAGCCUGCGGACGCUGCUCCCGAGGCUGAGGCCAAUGUCGAUCCAUUCAAUGUGCCGUCCGACUCUACGGUGCCUGCUGCCGACAAGAUCGCGGACGAAAGCGAUCCGUUUGGCGCAGCUCCUGUCUCUACCUCACACUCCGACGAGCACAAGCUGUCCCAUGAUGCGACGACCAGUCACGGCUUUGGGGACUCAUUCGGAGCGCCUGUCGACAGGGCCAUUCAGGAGCCGAACGGCGAGCAGCACUUCGGGACGGAUCACCAGGCUGCGCCCACAGACUUCGACUCUGCUUUUGCUGACUUCGAUACUCCUGCCGAAGGUGUGGAGGGUCCGGCAGACGAUGCCCUUCACCUUGCUCGCCCUGUCGUGCAUGACAACGCCGAGCCCUCCGUGCCCGCCGAUACCCUGCCAGUCACCGCCGACACCCUGCCCGUCGCUGCAAUCUCUCACGAAGCCCCAGAGAUCGCGCCAGCGUCGGUUCCGACCGCUACGACUUCACCAAUUGCGGCCACCGUCGCGCCACCUUUACCGCCCGCAGCAUCGCAUGAGCCGACGCCUGAGCCGACUGCUGAACGCGCCGCGCACCUCGACGGAGGAGAGUCAUCCGAUGAAGAUGAGGGCCCCGAAGACAUCGAGGCCCCCCGUCGCAAUUACAGCUCUCCUCCACCGGACGCGAGCACUGCAACGUCGCCAGCGUCCCCCAGAGAGGACCGGUCGACUACUGAAGGCCCUGCCGACGAGGUCCACGCCAAAACUCGCCGUAGCGCUCCGCCUCCCCCGGUUAACCGCCCACCUGCUUCGGGUACGCAGGUUCCUCCUACCGGAACCGAUAUCUUUGACCCGUUCGGAGCACCUGUGGAGACUGAGAGCGGCGCCCACCAGGCACCGGCACCGAAGAGCACGCAAUUCGAUGACGAGGAUGAUUUCGACUUUACCGACCUUCCUCCCUCCCACGCCGAGGGCCAGCAGGGCGGCGCCGUGUCUGCCUUCGAUGACGAAUUCGCUAGCUUUGACGACUUUGCCAGCCCGGCAUCUCAGGUGGGCACCGGCUCCGACAACUCCAACUCGCUUCUUCAGACGUAUGAGGUUGUCUCGUCGAAGGCUGGUCAGCACGAGGCAGACUCUGGCUUGGAUGAGUGGGGUGUCAGCACGGCUGCUGCCCUGGCUGCCCCAGCUGCUGCUGCACCCGCCCUGUCAUUCGAUGACGCGUUUGGCGGCGACUUCUCCUCGAGUCACCCCGCGCCAGCCCCGGCUCCAGCGGCCUCGGCACCUGACCUGCCCAAGAGGCCAUCUCUCGGCACGGGUGUCAGCGACCUCCCCCAGGCCGACGAUCUAGAGGAUGUGAAGAGACUCUGCGCUAUGGGCUUCCCUCGUUCCCUGGUAGUUGAGGCUCUGGAUGCCAACGGAUACGACUUCCAGAAGGCCCUCAACGUGCUUCUUGUCAAGUAG